AAGACUGGCUGGCCGUGAUCUGAGGACCUGGAGUGGCUGGCUGCUGGCCGGGACCCUGGCCUGUGGCAGCCGGAGGGGGAGCUCUGCCAAGCCCGGCCACGCCCAGGCCAAGCCCCGCACAGCUCAGUGCUGCCUGGGCCUUCCGCGAAGGAGGCAGAUUCUGUGGGCCCGGCCUGGGGAGGAUUGUGGAGGCACCAUGGCCCGGAGCAGGGCGCUGCUGCUCCUGCUGCUGCUGCCUCCACAGCUGCCGCUCGGACUGGUGCUGGCGGUGAGGGCCCCUGUGUUUGGCCGGAACGGCGCCCACAGCCUGAGCCCCGAGGAGAACGAAUUUGUGGAGGAGGAGCCCGUGCUGGUCCUGAGGCAUGAGGAGCCGGGGCCCGGCCCCGCCACCAUCAACUGCCCCCGGGACUGCGCCUGCUCCCAGGAGGGCGUCGUGGACUGUGGCGGCAUCGACCUGCGCGAGUUCCCGGGGGACCUGCCCGAGCUCACCAACCACCUGUCCCUGCAGAACAACCAGCUGGAGAAGAUCUUCCCCGAGGAGCUCUCCCGGCUGCACCGCCUGGAGACGCUGAACCUUCAGAACAACCGCCUGACUUCCCGAGGGCUCCCUGAGGAGGCGUUUGAGCACCUGACCAGCCUCAAUUACCUGUACCUGGCCAACAACAAGCUGACCCUGGCACCCCGAUUCCUGCCAAACACCCUGAUCAGCGUGGACUUCGCUGCCAACUAUCUCACCAAGAUCUAUGGGCUCACCUUUGGCCAGAAGCCAAACUUGAGGUCCGUGUACUUGCACAACAACAAGCUGGCCGACGCCGGGCUGCCGGACAACAUGUUCAACGGCUCCGGCAACGUGGAGAUCCUCAUCCUGUCCAGCAACUUCCUGCGCCACGUGCCCAAGCACCUGCCGCCCGCGCUCUACAAGCUGCACCUCAAGAACAACAAGCUGGAGAAGAUCCCGCCGGGCGCCUUCAGCGAGCUGAGCAACCUGCGGGAGCUGUACCUGCAGAACAACUACCUGACAGACGAGGGCCUGGACAACGAGACCUUCUGGAAGCUCUCCAGCCUGGAGUACCUGGACCUGUCCAGCAACAACCUGUCGCGGGUGCCCGCGGGGCUGCCGCGCAGCCUGGUGCUGCUGCACCUGGAGAAGAACGCCAUCCGCAGCGUGGGCGCCGACGUGCUGACCCCCAUCCGCAGCCUGGAGUACCUGCUGCUGCACAGCAACCAGCUGCGCGCGCACGGCAUCCACCCGCGCGCCUUCCAGGGCCUCAAGCGGCUGCACACGGUGCACCUGUACAACAACGCGCUGGAGCGCGUGCCCGGCGGCCUGCCGCGCCGCGUGCGCACGCUCAUGAUCCUGCACAACCAGAUCGCCGGCAUCGGCCGCGACGACUUCGCCGCCACCUACUUCCUGGAGGAGCUGAACCUCAGCUACAACCGCAUCACCAGCCCGCAGGUGCACCGCGACGCCUUCCGCAAGCUGCGCCUGCUGCGCUCGCUGGACCUGUCCGGCAACCGGCUGCACACGCUGCCGCCGGGGCUGCCCCGCAACGUGCACGUGCUGAAGGUCAAGCGCAACGAGCUGGCCGCCCUGGCGCGCGGGGCGUUGGCCGGCAUGGCCCAGCUGCGUGAGCUCUACCUCACGGGCAACCGGCUGCGCAGCCGGGCCUUGGGCCCCAGUGCCUGGGCGGACCUCGCCCAUCUGCAGCUGCUGGACAUCGCAGGCAACCAGCUCACGGAGAUCCCCGCGGGGCUCCCCCCAUCCCUCGAGUACCUGUACCUGCAGAACAACAAGGUCAGCACGGUGCCCGCCCACGCCUUCGACGCCACGCCCAACCUCAAGGGGAUCUUCCUCAGGUUUAACAAGCUGGCCGUGGGCUCCGUGGUGGACAGCGCCUUCCGGAGGCUGAAGCACCUGCAGGUCUUGGACAUCGAAGGCAACUUUGAGUUUGGCGACGUUUCCAAGGACCGGGAUCGAUUGAAAGAGGAGGAGGAAGAGGAGGAGGACGACGAGGAGGACGAGGAGGAGGAGGAGGAAGAGGAGAGGCGAUAGUGACCAGGACCCCUUUCUGCAGCACGUGCCUGUGCCUGUGAGCCGCCACUCUGCCCCCCUCGACACCCCCAGCAUUGCACCCCACACCCCGCACAGCCGAACACACAGCCUCCCAUCCCCACGCCUUCCUGCGGUCUGGGCCACAGCCGGGCACUCGCAGAUACCAUGGCCCGCCUGCACACAGCCCUCCAAAGGGUCCACUCUCCCGCCCCAUCCCCCCCAUCACUCCCUCUGAACCACACACAUUCAGGGAAAGGCCUGACCCGAUCCUGGCUUACACAGGCUCACACUUCCUACCCCCCCCCCCCACACACACGCGCACACGCACACGCACACACAUACAUACACACACACAGUCACAUGCAAACGGCCCUCCUUGGCCUAUGCCACCAAUAGCUCUUGCCCAGCCAGAAGGGGCCAGAACAUCCUGUCGUCCGCCUGUCCGUCCGUCCGUCCAUCCUCUGGAGAAGACACAGAGUUACGUCCGAGCUCCCUGCGGCCCGGUGCCUGCUACCCUCCGGAACUCACAAAAGCUGGCUUUUGUUCCUCUUCCCUACCUUCGGGGACAGGAACCUUCAGGACUGCCGGCCCGGCCCCGCCCGCCCGCCCGGCUCCCAGCCGCUGGGGGAGUCACUCCCUGCCGCUCCCGCCGGCCAGGCCGGAGGACAGUUCUCCGGGGACCGCCAGGGGCCACGGGCGGGCGGGCGGGAGGUGGAGGUCCUGGCGCUGGGCUGAAUGAGGAAGGCCCGGCCCCACCCACCCAGGAGACACCAUUUUUAUUCUUUGGGCUUGCAGGGAGUGCUGGGCACCUUUUUU